UACAGGCCCUGUUUGAUAACUGCUUGGUUUUAAACUGUAUUGAAACGAGCACAGUGUUUCAUUUCACCCACAACUGCAUCUCAUAUAAAUAGUGAUCUAUUUUUAUUUAAUCCUUUGAAGAUCAUUCCAGAGGUUCUGCAAGUCCUCAUCCCGCAGAACUGAAAUAAAACACAGCAGGACACCGAGAGACGCCACGGCAUGAUCCGUGUCAGACCAUCACCGGAUCAACAGGAGGAACAAAUAAGUCUGACCAGAGCGGCGUAACAAUCCGUGAAAUUGAGGUUUCAAUUUUUCACUGGAACGUUCAGAACCGUGUGGAGCAGAAAAAAGGAAAAAUAGAUUUCAGGAAAUCUGAUCUCCGAGAUGAACACAGCUGCUGUGAGUGGAGCCUCGUCUCAUGUGUGAUUCAGCAUUAACAGGAAGUCUAGGUGAGUAUUCACGUGGUUCACGUGUUUUUACAGACACGUUUUUCACGUCACAGCUUAUUAUUUUUCCACAUGGUUUGUUUAUUUUCACGUGUUAUUUUGAAUCCCUUCUUUAAUCACCGAUCAUUCACAUGAUGUUGCUUGAGUUCAUGUUGAGUUCAUAACGCUGAAAUACACUGUCUGAUGUUUCUCACAUAAAUGACUCCCAUAAUCACAGGUGAAAACCACGAUCACGUGAAGAAGACGUGAGUGACCCGAGUGCUUUUCUUCGUGCUGUGAACAUGAGGACGUGAUCAGUGAAGCAGAGUGUAAAAACAGACCUCAGGGGCUAUUGUGUGUAAAAUAACCAAUUAACUGGAACGUCAUGACAACCAAACAAACUGAAAUGAUUGUAAAUUCCACCAUAAAGAAGAAGCAGAAGAGGUUUAUAGUUUAUGAGUCGUGGCUCUUUGUAAGGAAAACAACUCAGUCAGUUCUCUGUGAAUAAAAAUCUCCUAAAUCUUGUGUAGGUGAAAUCCCAUCUGUUUCAGCGUGACCUCCUGAUAACUCCUGAUGUUAAAUGCUCCACAGUGUGGGAGGAGAAAGUGGAGAUCAGAGCGCUAAUGCGCACAAGAAAAGGAGGGAGAACCUCAGAGAGGAAAACAGAGAGAGAGGUUUCAUUUCUCCUUCAGCUGAGGAACACAGUGUCCGAGUCUCGGUCAGAUCUGCAGCCAUGAACGACGUGAAGCUAGCUCUGCUGGGCAGCGAGGGUGCUGGGAAAUCAGCGGUUUUGGUGAGAUUCCUGACCAAGCGCUUCAUUGGAGAAUAUGCCUCAAAUGCAAAUUCGUUAUACCAGAAAAGGCUCUCGAUCGAUGGCAGACAGCUGAACUUGGAGGUCUUUGAUCCGUGCUCACAGAACGUGGAGAGUAGAUGCAUCCUGGAGGAACCGGUGGACUGGGCAGAUGGCUUUGUGGUGGUGUACACCAUCAGCGACCGCAUGUCUUUCCUCAACGCUAAAAACAUCCUGCAGCAGAUCAGAGAGAGCCGUCGAGAGACCUGUAAAGGAGACAUGGACGUCCCCGUCUGUCUGGUGGGGAAUAAGCAGGACCUGUGUCACAGCCGACAGGUGAGCGAGGAAGAGGGGCGUUCUCUCGCCCUGGAGCACAGGUGCAUCUUUCAGGAAGUGUCUGCUGCUGAGAACUACCUGGACAUCGCCAACCUCUUCACCAGACUCAUACGACACGUGAUGGAGCACAUGAAGCACAGAUCCGAGCGCCGGCGCUACAGCGGCUCCAAAUCCAUGGCCAAGCUCAUCAACAACAUGUUCGGGAAGAGGAGGAAGUCCGUCUGAAGCAUUCUACUGUGAAACAACACGGGAACCUUCAGACUGUUUGGAGUCUGGAAUGUUUCCUAGAACCUAGUCAUGAGAACUGAUCUGACGAGAGGAACCCAGACAGCACUUCCUACAUUCUUCCAAACCUUUGAGCCAUUAAAGCUUGUUCGGUUCUUCCUCUAGGUUAAAGGUGUUGUGUCGUAACAGACAGAGAACAAAUACCAAGUAGAACCUUUUCGGAAGCAAAGAUCCCCUAAUUAUCCAACAAAACCUUACAGAACCACCAAAGAACCUGAGAGAGUGUACAAGUACCAAGGGGUUAAAUAUUCAACUCCUCACAGGUUCUAGGAAAUAAGAAGAAAAUAAUCAGCAAUAAUUUGGAGUUUGUACCGAACACUUACCCACUUAAUACACACACUCUUCAAAAAAGGUUCUUUACGGGUUCUUUACAGGUUCGUUGUUAAAUUCAGACAGAGAAAACUUUGACCUUGAACCUUCCAGAUCCAGAAGGAGAACCGAAGAACCCUUAAGAACCCUUUUGAUUUUAUAGGCGUGUAUGAUGCUGAGUCUCUGGCGCGACGGACGUUCACGGCAAACAGAAUGUAAACAUCUAACUGAAGUUUAUUUUAAAGCAACAACAUUUAUUCAUAAAUCCUUUGAACUUCAUCACGACCCGAGAUACAGAAGGUUUAUUUUCUUCCACGCUUCAAACUGUGGAUUUAUAGAAAUCCGUCUGGAGGCGUGGAGAAGAUUCACCACAAUACAGCUCAUGCACAGUGACGUUCAGUCUGGAUUCUCGUCCGGGGAAGAAAUGAUAAGACUUAGAAAAUCUAAAAAAUAAACAUUUCUGGAGAAACAAACAAACAAACAAAUAAACAAACAAACAGAGUCUCUGGCGUAGGAGAUUAUCAUUACGUACAGAUAUUAAUCUGUAAACGGUUCCAUGUUCAGAAAUUAUUUGGAUCUCUUUCAGAAGACUUCUAAACUAAACCAAAUAUCUGAACUGAACAAUGAAUGAAUGAAUGAAUGAAUAAACUGUGUGUAUCGUUAUAUCUGUGUGUAUCGUUAUAUCUGUGUGUAUCGUUAUAUCUGUGUGUAUCGUUAUAUCUGUGUGUAUCGUUAUAUCUGUGUGUAUCGUUUAAUAAAAAUGAUGUGUAGUAUAAAAAAAUGAAUAAAUGGUGUAAUCUGCAGUGAUUUAUGUGAUUAAUAUUUAAUCCUUGAAAGCACAGUGAAAAUUACGGCUCUUUAUUUCUCACUCAGUUUAGUGAUUCACUUUGAAGUUGUCCUUUUUAAAAUAAAUCCUGUUAAUGUGGGGAUUAAGGUGUUAAAGGAUGGAAUUAUAUCACAGAUUAAACUGCAGUUUGGACAAAAAGUUUUUGGGGCCUUCUGAGGUUCUUCAUCACAGCAUGUUUCAUACGCUUUCAUAGUAAUAUAAACAAGAAUAGAUUAUAUGUUGAACACAAUUAAAUGGUCUACUGCCAACAUAAAACCAUAGUCUUAGUAAAUAAGACAAAACAAACAAACAAACAAACAACAAACACUGUACAUUUCCUAUUGAGGAUCAGUCAGAUAUCCUCACUUAAUAAAAAUAUAUUCUUAUAUAU